CUAGAUUACCUGCCCCGGGCGAUCGGGCAAGCCUUAUUGGUGAACAAUUCAACAUACAUGACUAGUUUUACAAGCCUAAAAUAUACAAGGAGCAAUUACAGAUACUUUUGGAAUGAAACCCAACCUGUUGUAUUAGAGAAGCUCCACCCCUCACCUGACUCUCAUGAGACAAACAGGACACAUAAGUUGUUUGUCUUCCUCACUGAAGAGUCACACACAGAUACUGAGAAACAGUCAAUACGACUCACUUUCAGACACUGACGACGCUGUAUGAGGGAAUACUGGAAUACAGGAAUACUGACACUUCAAACUGCUGAGACUCCACGUACUGAAUGUAAGUUUUACAAAAAACACGCCUGAAAAGUGAGAGGGAUUUUCAUGUAAACAUCUACGAAGAGGAGGAAAGCCACAAGGGAUUGAUCUUUGUGUAGAGAAAAUGGCUUCAAGACCAGAAGAGGAGCUUUCCUGUCCUGUCUGCCAUGACAUCUUUAAAGAUCCUGUUGUCCUGACAUGCAGCCACUGUUUCUGCAAAGACUGUCUUAAAACAUGGUGGAGAGGUAAACAAAAACAAGACUGUCCAGUUUGUAAGAGAACAUCGUCUAAGGGAGAACCACCUGUUUGUUUGCCACUGAAGAACCUGUGUGAGGCCUUCUUGCUGGAGAGACGUCAAAGAGCUUCAGCAGGGUCUGAGGCUCUCUGCAGUCUGCACUCUGAGAAACUCAAACUCUUCUGUCUGGACCAUCAGCAGCCAGUGUGUCUCAUCUGCAGAGAUUCAAAAGCACACAACAACCACAGAUUCAGACCCAAUGAUGAAGCUGCACAAGAUCACAGAGAGGAACUCCAGAAAUCCCUGAAGAUCUUACAGGACAAACUGAAGGUCUUUGAAGACGUUAAAGGAAACUGUGAUCAAACAGCAAAACACAUAAAGGUCCAGGCCAGAGACACAGAGAGACAGAUUAAGGAGCAGUUUAAGAAUCUUCACCAUUUUCUACAAGAGGAAGAGGAGGCCAAGAUUGCUGCUCUGAGGGAGGAAGAGGAGCAAAAGAGUCAGAUAAUGAGGGAGAAGACUGAGGCUCUGAGCAGAGAGAUAGCAGCUCUUUCGGAUAUAAUCAGAGCCACAGAGGAGGAGCUGAGAGCUGAAGACGUCUCAUUCCUGCAGAACUACAAGGCUGCAGUGGAAAGAGUCCAGCAGCGUCCCCUGCUGGAUGAUCCAGAACUGGUCUCAGGAGCUCUGAUAGACGUGGCCAAACACCUGGGCAACCUGACCUUCAACAUCUGGAACAAGAUGAAGGAGGUGGUCUCCUACACUCCUGUGAUUCUGGAUCCAAACACUGCUCAUCCAGAACUCAUCCUGUCUGAAGAUCUGACCAGUGUGAGACGCGGAGAGAGACAGAAGCUUCCUGAAAAUCCAGAGAGGUUUGAUAAAUUCAGCUUCGUCCUGGGCUCUGAGGGCUUUAACUCAGGGACUCACAGCUGGGAUGUUGAGGUUGGAGACAAUGCUGGCUGGUUUGUGGGUGUGGUUGCAGAUUCUGUUGAGAGGAAGGAAAGCAUAGGUUUACUGGCCAAAUUAUGGAGAAUAGGAUUAUAUGAGGGUAAACACAAAGCAUUUUCCCCGCUACAUCCCCACACCGUUCUCUCAGUGAAGAAGCUGCAGAGGAUCAGAGUUCAUCUGGACUGGAACAGAGGAAAACUGUCAUUCUCUGAUCUUGACACUAACACACACAUACACACCUUCACACACGCGUUCACUGACAGGCUGUUUCCAUACAUUUACACAAACAAAGAAAUUCCACUUCAGAUACUACCAGCGAAGAUCUCAGUUACAACAGAACAGCUCAGUCAGAGAAGGAGAACAUGAGGAUUUUAACAGUGAAACACAAUAUGCCACUAAAACUUUGGAAGCUAUACUUUUCUGACUCUUUAUUUUUACAUCUCUGACUGCUGAAGCCUCAUAUUAGCUUCAGUUGAAUUUUAGAAUGAACUUUACAGUACGGUUGUGCAAUAUGGACAAAAUCCAAUAUCACAAUAUUUUUGACCAAAUACCUCAAUACUGAUAUUGUGGCAAUAUUGCAGGGAUGACUAUUGGUGCUUUCACAAAAUAUUUACACAAGAUUUUUGAUUAAUAAUCAUCAGUAAUGUGGGUAUAAUGACUAAGUAGGUAGUCAGAAAAAGACAUCACGUUAUUGUACUGCAGCCUUUAAAACCAGGAAAAGACAACAUUAAAGCCAUUUCGUGAUAUUAUGAUAGAUUUUGUCUCUACAGUAUAGAGAUGAGGAAUGAUUACACUGACCAGAAACUCUUUCAGUGUACAUACAUAUCCCCUUCACAAUGGUUUGUAAAAAAUAAAAUGGUGAUCCCUUAAAUUAUCAUCUAGCACCAACCUUAAAAAAGCUAAAAAUGUAAUUUGUCCAAUAGCUUGAUUUAUGACCAAAUAUCUACAAAACCUUGUGUUUCAUGGUAACAAACAAAUGUUGGCAUGCUAACAUGCUAAACCAAAUUGCUGUUUAUGGUAAACAUUAUAUCUGCUAAGCAUCAGUAUGUUAGCACUGAUAUUGUGAGCAUGUUAGCAUGUUAGCAUUUGCUUCAAAGCCCUGCUGUGCUUAGCUAUAGCCUCAAUGAGCAGUUAGCAUGGCUGAAGAGACCCUUAA